UUUCCUCCAUAACCCCCUCGCUCCUCCGUUAUCUCUCAGUGGGAUCGCCGAGCUUCAAUGUUCUUUUUUUACUUUCUCCUCCCCUCCUAUCCCCAUAAAAAAAUUUUGCGCGGAAAUGUUUUCUUCCCUGUGUCUUUAUUUCUCGUUUGUUGAGCGGCCCAAUCCAUUCACCACCUACUCUAGUUCAUAUGGUUUUCUGAUUCCUGGGUUAAUCAAGGGCUAGUGAGUUGUGUUUAUGAGUUCACAGAACGCUAUGGAUCUUCGGCGUGUAUCUAUAUAUCCGGUCAAUUUAAUCUUGGCUAUAGUGUGUCAUAAACCAAUCCAAAUCUAGCCUGCAACGAAACUCGAGAGAUUCGCUCUUUCGGUUUGCGAAGCAAGGUGGUACUCAACAGUACUCAAUUAACACUCGCACGCGUAACUAGGCCAGUUACCCUUUGUCACGCCCACAAUAAUACUGUAACCUUCACAGAAUACCGCCUUGACUUGCAGCCGCCCUAACUUUAGAAACGUUACUGCCAAGUUACUAUCCACGCUCCUAAAAAGGUUUACUUCAGGUUCUAGUACUUUUACAGUUUCACGCAACGCCUCUCCCCGCUAUGCGUUGCCCGAGGCAGUCUCAAAAAAACCCAGCGCCGACAUUCUUUUGGCUCGUCGCGCACCCCUUGGAGAGGAAUGCGUGACGAGUCCAAAAGUUCUUUCGUUCCAGUCCUCUGCACAUACCGGCAAUGCCCUGCGACAAUGGCAACACGAAAACCCAGUUAUUCUCGUGUUCCAAGUGUCAACUUGAGUAAGCGUUCCAGUUUAUCGUCGUAUAAUUCCGAUGACUUCUUCAAGGAACCUUCACCGGGUGGUACUGAUGGCGAAGCAGGAGAUGGAAUCUGGAACACAGCAAGGAGAAAAUUUACUCUGGUGGCCCUGUGCCUUGUUUACUUCGCCGCUACUGCGUCAUUCGCGAUCCUGUCUCCCUUCUUUCCCGGCGAGGCUCAAGAGAUGGGUGCGUCAGGUACCAUGAUUGGUCUUAUCUUUGGAAUCUAUCCCUUGGUGGUUUUUGUAGUGGCACCAUUAAUAGGAGUCUUGCUUCCAACUAUUGGUCCAAAGUUCACUCUGACGGCAGGACUUUUCCUGUGCUCUGGGUCACAGAUAUUAUUUGGAUUUGUAUCAAUGCUUCCUAAAGGCACAGUUUUUGUGGUGUUCUGUUUUCUUCUUCGUGUUGUGACAGCACUUGGUGGGGCUGCUGCAGAUACUGCCUCAUUUGCAAUUGUGGCUGGAGAAUUUGGUACCAAUAUUGGAAAAGUGACGGGAGCCAUGGAAACAUUCACUGGGCUUGGCUUCAUGUUAGGGCCUCCCUUAGGUGGAAUCCUUUAUUCAGCAGGAGGAUUUAAACUUCCAUUUAUUGUGAUGGGUGGUCUUCUUUUGUCCAUUCUCCCUGUGGUUUUAGUCAUUUUGCCAAAAGAUGAGAAUUUCCUGAGAGAGACGAAUUCUGGAUCAUUACUACAGGCAACAAAGAUUCCAGGAAUUUCCAUGAUAGGGUUGUCUAUUCUUGUAUCAGGACUGAUACUGGGCUAUUUAGAUCCGACGUUUGCACCAUAUAUGAAGAAAUUUGGUUUAGGCCCUAGUAAAGUUGGCUUGUUGUUUCUUCUUUCGGCGUGUUGUUACGCUAUCUCUGCACCCUUGGUGGGAUGGAUGUGCGAUAAGACGGGUAAACCACGCGUGGUCAUCAUAAUAGGUGCAGUUUUUGUGAUCGUGGGCGUUUUGUUGCUUGCUCCAGCACCAUUUAUUACGUUUCUUCCUCAAAGGAAGGUGUGGCUGGUUUGUGUAUCGAUGGCUUUGUUGGGUAUUGCCAUCAGUGCAUAUCAAGUGCCUUGUAUGCCAGAUAUGCUGGAAACGGCAAGAGAACACGGAAUGCCUGAUGACAUUACUACUCAUGGGGUGCUCUCUGGGAUUUUCAAUGCCAUGGCAAGCAUAGGUGCUUUUCUAGGACCCACGGUCAGUGGACUGACGGAACAUUAUGUAUCGUUUGAGUGGUCAACAGUGGUUUUGGCUGGAAUUCUUGGAUUUCAGGUCAUUGUCCUAGCACUAUUUACACUAUUUGAUCAAGGAAGAAAAAGAACUCGGAAAUAUAGCAUGAGAAGAAAACAAGAUAGUAACGUGCAAGUGUAAACACUUUUUUUACUUUACCAGGCAAGCUACAUUUUUAGCCAACUUACAAUGUAACGUUCAGUAUUUUGUAGGGGCCAAAAUACGUGGUUUAGACAUUAACAAUAGAUCAGGUGUUUUAAUGCGAAAUAUCCGUGAUACAGUGAACACCUGCAUAUAGCAACAAAUGGAUUAAGAACAUGAAAUUUGGCCCUGAAAUUUGGCCCAGAAAUUUGGCCCAUAAAGCACCAUAUAUAUAAGAACCAGUUCAGCCUGAUAAAUAAAACAUGUUUUUGUAUAAUAAGGGAGAGGGUGUCGGAGUAAGAAAGCAAUGUAACUAUGGUUGCUGCGAGACUAUGGUGGCCCCGGUUGGUUUAGCAUGACUGUAAGAAAUAUUUUAAAAAAAUGUUGAAACCAGUGCUACAUUUCUACUCGUUAAUGUUAACUAGUUUACUACCUGACAGAUUGUUAUUUUAUUUAUUGAUUAACGGAUUUGUUUACUUUCCUACUUAUUUAUAAUAAAAUAUGGUAACCAAACCGCUAAUAACA